AUGAGAACAAUUUAUGCUACAUUUGGAUGUCCCCAUAUGUUAAUAACGGAUAAUGGCCGACAAUUCGCGAAUACCAUUAUACCAGAGGUGGCUAGAAGCCUGAAACUUAAAUAUUAUCAGAGUUCCUCCUACCAUCCUAGAGGUAACUCCAAAGCUGAACGAAGUGUUAAAAUGAUUAAGGAAGUUUUGAAGAAAUUAGACCCUACCUUUGAUAAAUGGGUAGCUAACCUUUUCGUUGCAGCCAAUAUUGUCAAUAGCACAAAGAUGCUUUAUGGAUAUGCACCUAGAGAAAUAGCACUUGGUCUCCCUAGUGAGGACAUUGCCGUUGAUUUCCAACAAACAAUACGCAGUCUUAUCCAAAAAGAAGAUGAUGAACCUGGGGAGAAUAUGGCUAACCAAGAGCAAGCACAUCUAGCUUUAAUGAGUCAUAUAAAAACGAAAGCCAUUCGUCUUAAAACGACAGACGAACGAAUUAAGAUUCGAGAGCUGUUAAAGAAUGCGAGAAAAGACACAGAUAAUUAUGUGCCUUACACCCGCGGCGAAACAGUUUAUCGACUCCGUAUAAAGAAGAAUACGUUCGAAUCAACUUGGGAUGGACCAUACCACAUCGAAGAAGUUGUAGCUAAGAAUACUUAUAAGCUACAAGACAGAGAUGGAAAGGUAAGGAAAGCGACCUAUGAUGGCUCGAAAUUGAAACCUGCUUAUAGCUACUAUGGCUCACCCAUCCGAACUGCGGCUGAAUAUACACGAGUGCAUGGUGAUAAGGAAAGCUACUCUUCAAAGCCGCCGAUAUUUGUAUUGUUUCGACAUAGCUCAAUAGGAAAUUAG